CAACAAUUAAUGAAAUCAAAUAAUUGAGCUAUUUUAAAUACGAUAACUUUGCAGUUGAUCAAUCCCUAAACGAAAAAUCCUAAUUUUUAAUUGUUGAUUCUAAUUUCAGUGUUAGGAGGAUCGGUGCAUCGUUUGUAACUCUGUUGUGUGUCACUGGUCGUUUGUGCCAAGUAAGCAUGAUAUGUGAUCCCCAACACCUAAAACAUUCAAAGUGUAAACAAAUAAAUGGACCGAACAAUUUGUUUUGAUAAGAAAUAUGUCAAGUCAUCUUCUAGAUCAAUCUUGGCGUUCUGCCCAGGGUAUAUAUGUAUGCAAAGACUGAAACUGCAGUGCAUCUGAUAGGAAUUGUGUGACUACAUUGUAAAUAGCCUUCACCUGGACUCGUAAUGACGGCAAGUGAGUCAACAGUUGCUCAUUGUCAUGGAGAUAAUAGGGGCACUGAGAAAUAUCAUGAUGGCGAACAACCAAGCGAGCAGCCUGCGAAGUGGGGCGUGGCAUGGUACAAGCAAGACUACCCCGAAAACACUCUCGAACCUGAUAACCCCAACGAGCAGCUUGCCCAGGAUGUGUCCAGUACUGCUGUUCUCACCCCCCUCGAUGAUGACUUGGUGGGAAAUGUCCAAGAUCCAUCUGAUCGUGGAAACUGGUCGGGUCGCUUCGACUUCCUCAUGUCUCUGUUGGGAUAUUCAGUCGGCCUUGGAAAUGUCUGGAGGUUCCCGUACCUGGCAUACACCAAUGGAGGAGGAGCCUUCCUGUUCCCCUUCAUCAUCAUGUUGCUGCUGGUCGGGCUGCCGAUGAUGUUCCUGGAACUCGCCUUUGGUCAGUUUGCUGCACUCGGGCCAGCAGGCAUCUUUGACCGCAUCUGUCCUCUCUUCUACGGUCUGGGCUAUGGCAUGGUGGCUGUAUCGUCCCUCGUGUCGUUGUACUACACAGUCAUCAUUGCCUGGGCAGUGCUGUACAUGUUCACGUCCUUCACCUCGGAGCUGCCAUGGCAGAGAUGUCAUUCACCCUGGAAGACGAAGGACUGCUAUUCCUACACGGAUGCUGAUGACUGUAUGAACAACAAUGGGUCUGUUUACUUUGAGAGCCACUGCUACAAUUCUUCGUAUGCUGCGGAUAACAAUAUAACUGCACAGGUCAAUGUUACAUCAAGGCAUGCACCAGCCCAGGACUUCUUCGAGAAUAACAUCCUCUCUAUAACAGACAGCAUAGCCGAUCUCGGAACAGUGAAAUGGCAGAUAGCCCUGUGUCUACUGUUUGCGUGGACGCUUACCUUCCUGGCUUUAAGUCGAGGCGUGAAGUCUGUUGGAAAGGUGGUGUAUUUCACAGCCCUCUUUCCCUAUGUGGUUCUGACAAUCCUGUUCUUCCGUGGAGUCACCCUGGAAGGUGCACAAGAUGGCAUUAUAUAUUACCUCACACCUGACUUUGAAAAACUCAAGCUAGCAAAGACAUGGGUGGAUGCUGCGGUGCAGAUUUUCUUUGCUUUGAGUCCUGCCUGGGGCGGUCUGAUCACUCUAUCCAGCUACAAUAAGUUCCACAACGACUGCUUUAAGGAUACUCUGAUUGUAUCUAUAGGAAAUAUCUGCACAAGUAUAUUUGCUGGCUUUGUUAUUUUUGCCAUUGUGGGCUAUCUGGCAAAUGAGCUGAAAAUGCCAGUAGACAAGGUUGUUGAGCAAGGUCCGGGGUUGGCCUUCAUUGUGUUCCCAGAUGUGGUGACGCGGCUCCCCAUCUCACCCCUUUGGUCGUUCCUGUUCUUUUUCAUGUUGAUCACACUGGGUAUGGGAAGUGAGUUUGCUUUGUUGGAGACUAUAAUGACGGCUGUCCAGGACACAUAUCCACCUCUGCGACAGAAGAAGACCUGGGUUGUGCUUGUUGUGAGCAUCUGCGGCUUCCUUGGUGGGCUUGUUAUAUGCACAGAGGGUGGAAUGUACAUCUUGCUGUUAAUGGAUACGUAUGCUGCCAGCUGGUCUGUUUUCUUCAUGGCUAUCCUUGAGUGCGUCAUCGUAUCAUGGAUAUAUGGAUGUGACAGAUUCCUCCAAGAUAUUCAACAGAUGAUUGGCGUUAGAAGUCGUCACUGGCACAACUUCUUCAAACUUUUCUGGAAAUUCCUGACUCCAGGAACACUAAUUUUCCUGCUGUUCUUCAACUGGAUUCAGUAUACUCCGAUCAAGUACGGCAAGAAGCGGUAUCCCGUGUGGGCUGAUGGUGUGGGCUGGGUGUUGGCCUUUAUACCAGUGCUGCUCAUUCUAGGAAUGAGUAUACAUAAAGUUCUCAGCGCUCCCUCAGACAUGACACUGCUGGAGAAAAUCCGACACUUGUUAAAAGCAACACCAGAGUGGAAACCAGCUCAUAAACUGCCAGAAAUUGAUAUAAUGGAUACUGAGGAAAAGGGAAAGACAAUUACCAACCCUGGAUUCAAUGGCAAUGCCAGUCCAUUUGAAACAAGGAUAUAGUCAGUGACGACACUGAUGAAAUCCUUUGACUAUCUAUCACCUAAUUAUGUCAGCCAAAGGGAGACAACUCAUCUAGCAUUCCACAACGCAGGACUGACAAUGUACAUUGUUCUAAGUGAACAACAGCCACACUUAAUCCUGCAUAUGUCCAAUGCUGCGUCAUUCCCACAAUCUCGUCUAGAAUAGUCAACCAAGAAAUGAGUUUAAGAAUUGUCAACCGUCUCCUUUGGCUGGUAAACUGUUGUUGACUUUGUUCGACUACGCCAACGAGGGCCAUUCCUCGGCGUAGUUUUGCUAGGAUGCUUGGGGUGGAAGUUAUGCUUCUUCUUGAGCUAAGUGCCUGGGUAGGUGACUCAACAUAUUGCUGCAGGCGCCGAUUGAGUGGAAUUUUUUCAACUUUUGACCCUUCUUAAAAAUCAUCCACAAGUCGAAGCAUUUCAAGCCACUGUUUAAAGCACAGGACACGAUUAUGUUGGAAGUUUGCCCAUUAUGGUUGUUUAUAUUCCGUGGCCAGUCAUCAUGAAGCUACCAUAUCAUCAUCAUCAUCAGAGGUUGUUAUUGGUCUGACUGUCAGGGAGUGUUGGAACUGGGCUGGCUUAACGAUGUAUGGCUGUCUGUAUGUGUCAUUGUUACACCAACACUGUGGGUUCAUCAGUUAGUAAGUGUUGCUGACAUAUAUUUACGAUUGGUCAACAAACUGAGGUUUCAGGGACUAGUAGUGGGACGAUGCACCGAUGCAUUGGUAGAUCGCAAUUUUUUACUUUUCGAUACAUGUAUCGAUCAUAGUCGCACACAAAGUCAAAAGUAGCGAGUCUUACCUUUUAUGUUUGCUUUUAUAACUGUUACACCAAACACUAAUUAGUAGUGAAAGCGUAAAUAUUUUCAUCCACUGCGCAAUUCUUGACACUGCCAACUGUAAAUCGUCAGUGUGCCAGGUAUUUCGCCAUCCUUUGAAAAAGAUGGCUUACUCACCACAAAUAAUAGCACAUGCAAGUAACGUGAUAAGUAUCGGAUUGUGACCAAGCUAUUGUGAUACGUAUUGGAUUGCACGGUUAGCGUAUCAUCCGAGCCCGAGCAUGGACUCUACUUUGAUAAGUCUGAUGGUGCCAAUUUAUAUUUACGAAUAUCUUAUAGUGAAUAUAGGAUCCUAGUCCAGUAGUCCUGUUACCAUGUCAUGCUUAUGAAGUAGUUGCAUAAUGAAAUCUGUAACAUGAAUCUUGCAUUUAGACUUGAGAAAAGUGUGCUCUAUUUUGGGAUGUUUUCUGGGGUUGGCGUAUUGGCACAUCAAUCAUAUUACAAUAUAUAACAAUAGAGAGACCUGUUUUGCGAUACAUAUUGCAAUACGUAUUGAGCCCAAAUUAUAUAUAUUUGUACUGUUCAAAAGGUACUUCUUUUUUCAAUAAUCCAGACUCCAGACUUCGAAAUGGGUAGUAUGGAUAAACAAGACUAAAUAUUACGUCAUCAAUAUGGACUGUUAAUCUAAACAGCAUAAAAUUGUUCAUAUAAUUAUUUGUUGAUUCUUCUGUGACUGUUUUAAAAAAUAUUGAUACACAAGUGUAUUGCGAUACGUGUAUUGCUGACGGCUGUAUUGCAACAUAUUGACAUACUAGUUGUAUUGCACACCCGUAUUUACCAUUACAACAUUACUAUGUUGUAGCAUCCUUAUGGUUCAUUGGGAAAGCCAAGUGGAAUUCCCACACCCAGCCAGGAUUCAAAUUCCUUACAUGGGUGCAGUAUGUACAGUGUGUAGUCCCUCAUAAUAAAGGUGGGGGGCAUGGGUGGCCCAGUCGUCUAAGGUGCCGCGAUUCGCUGUGCAGAGUUGCGUCCCUUGGGCAUGCCAGAAACCUAUGUUUGUGGGUUCGAAUCCCGGUUCGCCCCGAUUAUG